AUGUCGGUACAGUGCAAGCGUCGUGUAAUACCGUCCGUGUUCUUAGGGAAGCAAGUGAUGGAUGCAAGCUCAUAUAUUAUGCAAUUAUCUCGUUUAAGUAUACCUUAUAGUUGUUCUUUGAGCGUUAGAGCCGAAACUGGAUAUAAUAUUAUUCUUAUCAUUCACUUACUAUCAGCGAGUACCUUACAAGAGGCUUGUUCACAAAAUCAAGAUCAGUUGAUAGUUUAUGAAUUAGGUGAAACAUUUGGUGGUUACUGGGGACAUUUGCCUGACACCAUGAUGAUGAAAAAGACUAGAAGGAACUACACUAAGUUUUAUACAAUUAAGACGACUCAGUCAACUAUAACUGAAAGGACACAUACAUACACAGAAGGCACAGUAAAGAUGUUGAUGAAAACGUUCCCAGCCACGGACAAAGGGCCAGACUACAUCAGAAUGGAAGUCCCGUUGGUGAAUGUGUCCGGAAAUCUUCAAUUAGACGACUCGCUUCGUCAUACCUACAACUCUGAAGAGAUGUUUGACUUUAUAUACGACGUCACGCCUAGAAACGGAAGUCAAUAUGAGACAACUAUAAUGCCUUUGGUACAAUUUUCAAUACGGCAGCAGAAGGGAUACGGUGAGAAGCCACGCUACGAACUGGACUACAACAUCAAUGAUUUUACUAUGGAUUCAAGAUCAAUGAUGUUUAGUACUAAGCGCAGGAUUACUACAAAGAAAAGAAACUGGUUCGCAAAUAGGUUGUAUACUUUAAGAAAGAAAAAAAAGUACCCAUUUGCUAAAAAGGAUGUUCCAGUUAGUUCGAAGAAACUACAAAAUGGAACUUUAGUAAAUCAUGAAUCUUGGGAAAAUGUAGUUCAAUCAGCGCCGGUAAUGGCUAUUAUUUUAAACAAAACUGAUCUGAUCUCGAAAGAUUUUCAUAAUAAAACAGAUUUAAAUAAAUCAAUGAGAUUAAGAUUAAGACCAAGUAAAUUACGAAAAAAACGCAAUAUCCAAGCGGUGCAAAUAGAAAAAUCUCGGCCACGGAAUAUAACGACAAAGAAGAACAUGGUCACAGAAGACGAGUCUUUUAAUGGAUUCUCUGAGAUGCAGGAUCUAGCUCGUCUGGUAGAGUUGCAGGAUGACGAGCUAAACCGCUUGAUGUUAGUAUUGACGCCAGCGAUAACGCUGUUUGAAAAUGCGUCAGAAUGUCCGCCGGCGCACCUCGAGUGCCAAAUAACUGGAACGCGAGUAUGUAUCGACUCUUUGAAUGCAUGCGACGGAGUACCACAUUGCGGCUCUUACGAUAUAUAUGACGAAGAUCGUCUCCUAUGUGGAGUAGCGAAGGGUCUCCAACACAACGUGUAUCUGGCGGCAUUCACGUUUCUCGCGGUACUCUUUACAAUGUUGUACACCGUACAUUACUGGUUAAAACGAUGCGUCCCCAGAGUCUCUGAAGCAUUUUUUGUGUUCUCCGAUACUUCUGAAAAUAAAUUAAUUUUGGAUACGAUCAUGAGAUCACCAACAGAUAUCGACGAUUAUUCAUACAAAUGUGUGUAUUCCAGUGCCUUUUUUGACGAUAUUUCUUUGCCAGAUUACAAAGAAAAAGUUGGAAAAAGUAAUAUUUUCACAAAGAUUUACAAAGCAUGUUGUGGAUUUUUACUUUGUAAAACUAAAACGGGCAAUAAAGAGCAACUAGAUGUAAUAACCGCAAAAUAUGACUCGAACAUAGCUCAACCUAAUAAAAUAUUUUCUUUUACUGAACUUGAAUUACGUAAAUAUGGUUUGGUUUUUAAAGAUGAAGGUGUACAAACUGGCGGUAGCAUAGACAGAGUGUCUGAGAGAAAUAAAGGAAAUAAAAGCAAACCACCCAAAAAACAAUACGCUAAAGAUUCGUUAGCAAAAUUUAAAAUAACUGAAGGCCAAGGGACGGUUAAGGACAAUAAAUACACAGACGAAUUAAACUUAAUCAAAAUUACAAAAGAAAAAAAAUCCUCGAUAUCACAAAUAGUUAGGACAUCAGAGCGAAAUCCUAUAAAAAAUAAAAGAAGAAACGCUCUUUCUCCAGAUGACGAAAAAGAAAUAAAAAACACUAUUUAUGAACGUUCUUCUAACGCUAGUCUCGUUUCCGAUAAAAAACCAGUUAUUUGUGAAAUCCAUCCAGAAAAACCAAAAAAAAUGGAUACAUCAAAGCGUUUAAGAUUUGAUGAGACGCCCACCUUGAUAACGACAGUGGGCCAGGAAGACAUUAUAGAAGCCUCUAACUCCGGGCGCAUGGAUAGUCGUGAUAAACAUGAUCUCUCCACUAUUAUUGAAACAGAAAAUGAAAGCUCUAGUAAAGAUUUCAUGAAAUUCUGGAGUUCUAAAAGUAAGAAACAAAAAAAG